AAAAACCGGAUUCGAGACGACUUUCUACAAGGCUAUGCAAAAACUCAUUAAAUUAUUAAGUUUCAUCAGAUUUAUAUUCGCCAGAAGUGCUGCAAAGUCUACAAAAGCUUGUUAUUUGUUAUCUGAUAAAAUCGUAACAGUUCAACAUGAACUUAAAGUUAGCAGAUCUUGAAUCGCAAUAUUCGAAAGACAAAGAUCUUAAGAAAGUGGAUGUAGAGGCACUGAUAGACUGGGUGAAUAAACAACCACAUCUUCCAAAAAUAAAUGAGUUACAAGCAAUUCUAUUUCUUCACAGUUGUUAUUAUAGCAACGAGGCAGCUAAAGUCACCAUCGACAAUUACUUCACAUCGAAAACAGUUUUUCAUAUGUUUAGAAACAGAGAUCCUUCGUCCCCACCGGUACAGACCACCAUUGAUAUUGCGCUAUGUGCGAAUCUUCCAAAAACAACGCCAGAAGGCUAUACAGUGUACCUUUUUAAACUUAUAAACAAAAACCCAAGUAACUUUAAUCUUGAAAAUAUAUAUAGAUAUUUCGAUAUGAUGGUCAUGCUGGAACGGUACCAAAAUGGCGUUUCCAAUGGUCACGUGAUAUUAUUAGAUUGUACAGGCUGGUCGCUAGGUCACACUGCUAGAGUAAAUCCGCUCGUAUUAAAAAAUUUCUUCUAUUACUUACAAGAAGCUAUGCCUGUAAGAUUAAAGGGGCUCCAUUUUUAUAACCUCGGGUCAUUUAUUGAUGCUAUUAUGGCUUUAAUAAAACCCUUGCUCAAGAAGGAGACUGCAGAGAAGAUACAUAUACACGACUCUCUAGAUAGUGUAACUAAUUUUGUAUGUUUAGAAUGUUUACCUGAGGAUUAUGGUGGAUCGGUUGAAAGUACAACUGUAUUACAUGAUAAAAUGCAAAACGACCUUUUAAAAAAUAAAGCGUUUUUUGAAUGGGAAGAAACUUUCACUGUCGACGAAAAGAAAAGACCUGGCGAGAAAUGGAAGAAUAUUGAUAUUUAUGGGACAGAAGAAUUUUACGCUUCUAUUGUGAUACCACUUGGACGACAUAAAAAAAGUCAACGUUAA